GGUAAGAGGAAACCCUAAACUGCUCUGGCUCAACCAGCUUAGCCCUUUUCUUUCUUUUCCUUUCACUCACGCCCGCGGGACGUGUUCACACUCGGGACGAGAAUGGCAGCAUCAUCUGCACAGAGAGAAGACGGGUUCAGCAAAAUGUUCACUUUUGCUUUGCUCCUCAUCGCCUUAGUCCUUAAUGCAGGAGUCAUGGCGCAGGAAGACGAGGUUGCCACAGGCACGGUGCCGCCUGCAGAUUCAUUCGUGCGAGGAGACAUGAUCCCAAAGACGAGCGAAACUCCUGAUACAGAAGAUCCACAAGUUCAAAUCUUGGUUUUUCCUACUAUGGAAUCUCUAGAGUCCAGCGAUCUGACAACAGCUGCUCCGGCUACAGAAGAGGCAGGACACAGUGAAGACAGCGACCCGGCAGCUGACAAGACGACUAAAUUCACAUUCGAGGUGCACACGAUCAUACCCAUUUUUGAGACUCCUGCUCCAGCUCCUCCCAGAGGCGAUGGCCCUCACAAGCCACAGGUUGUGUCACAGGAAGACGUCACCUGUGUGAGCAAAGAGGCCGUCCAGGACAAAAACGCUGUCAAUCUGAAUCUCAAGGAACCCUCCACUUGCGAAAACACAAGAAAAAAAAUUCAAAGUGUUCUACGGGAGCUUUGUGGAGAGGAUUGCAAACUCGAGAUUUACCAGGAAGACAAUUCAGAUGAAAUCAUUGUGUCUGGGAAGUACGUUGAAGCUGACGUUGCGGGAAUGGCGAACAAGUUCAACAACGACAACAUAAAAGAUAAGACCAAUGUGAAGGAAGCUGCUCCUCGCUGGGGAAAGAACUCGAAGCUGGUGCUGGUUUCUCUGCUGCUGGCUGGACUGUUGCUGGCUGCGCUGCUGGUAGCUGGCUACUACCUCAAAACACACCGCAAAAACUCCAAAGGGGUUCGACUGGCUGAGUCCUUCCAAGUGGAUGAGGAAAACCAGGCAAACACCCUGGUGUCCGUGGCCCCCCUGCCUCAAGAGCCGCUUGACAAGCCUACUGUCAACGGAGAAUCUCCACCUGAGAAUGGCACCAACCCCACCCCCACCACUAAUGGACACUCAGCUGCCCAGAGUCCGGUGGCCGAUACGGAGAUGUGAAUCGUGACACCCUCUGCCUCCCUUUUAACAAAUCCCCCCCCCCCCCCCCCCCCCCCCCCCCCCCCCCCCCCCCCCGCCACCUCGGUGUGCAAACACUGAGGCAAAUUCAACAUGUUUCAAUCCCCGCCACACCUCACAAUUCCCCUCCUCCACCUGCAUCUCUCUGGACAAUGACGCCAACAACAACGAUGAAGGUCUUUCUGACGACAUGAUGACAAUGGUGAUGAAGAUAGUGCCUGUAAUGUGAAAGUUGGGGAACAUAUACUUUUGCUGGGGUGAAGAGGAGCCUACAGCCGCUGACUGACUUCUCGCAGUUCAGCUGUAACACUCUUUGUAGAGUCACCCUUGAUGCCAAAUUUGUAUUGUUGGUCCCUGACAAUUAAAUGAAAAAUGCUGUAAUAUUUCCAUCCACAUACCACAGACCAGUUUGAGUAUUGAUGUAAAAAGGGCUGAGGCUCACUGUUUUAAGGAUCUUCUUGAUAUCUCAUAUUUGCCUCAAAGCUUAAAAUGGAUGGAGUUUUAAUUUACUAAAACAUUUCUGAAAAGUAAUUGUGAAACUGUAAUUUUAAAAUGGGUGCUUGUCGGUGUUCCUCAAAGAAGCCAAAGUUACACCUGACAUAGCAUUAACAAAGGUUCUCAAGAUGGAAUUGGGAUUGGCUCAUAAGAUACUCGUGAUGCUUUGUACUUUGGCCUUUACGAGAACUAAAACUGUAAUUGACCUAUGAUCAAAGUUCAACUGGUUGAGGAUACAAAGUACAUUUCUACUUCUAUGGUUGUAUGUUUCUUCAUUACUGUACAGUUUGUUUUUUUACAAAAUGCCAAUUUUUGUACUGUUACCACUGUCUGUAUUUUAGGUAAUGACAAAACACAGCAACAACUUUAAAUUCAAUGGAGGAAGACAGACUGGAUUUUUAGUUAGAAAGUCACUGCCAUUGAAUUAUUAGGCAGCAGAUGGUACAUAGCAGAUUCAGCAUUCCUGAGACUGCCUUUAAUCUCCUUGUUGAUAUAAAAGAUUUGUUUACAUCAAUG